UCUAACUAGCUCAGUUUGGCAGAAAGCAGCUGUCAACUGGCGUGUGGCGCCCUUCUGUUUUUACUUACAUUACUCCUUCACAUUUCUUGCUCGAACUCGAAGUUUGUGACGUCCUUGUGCCGGUGUGAGGCGGAGUCCACCCGCCCCAUCAGCAUCUUUCUGCGUUCUUCUCUGCGCCCGUCCAGCGCCCGCCGUGCAGCCUCGUGACCGACAUGGGCGCCUUUUGGUGGAGUAGCUUCGCUGUCCCCGUUCUGCUGCUGCCGCUGCUGCUUCUGCACGCGCUCGUCGUGCCGGCUGGAGGAUCCAGUCUUACAUCAGGAACAUCCAGCAGUUAUUCAGACCCAUGCCUGGAUCCAAACAUGCUCCAAACCUGCAGCAUAGCUGCACAGUGCUGCCAGACGGCUGUGGAUGACUAUGGCUGGAUUGCUGCAGCUGUAGGAUGGAGUUUAUGGUUUCUAACAAUGAUCCUGUUCUGUGUGAGCAAGCUUCUGACACUGGGAACUGCUUCAUCAUCUAAAUAUACUAAAGCCUGAUGACAUUUUGGCUUUGGUUUUUGUGACCAAAAAAAGUGGCAUUUCAGUUUGGAGUAAGAUUUUAGAUGUACUGUAAACCUUUUAUAUUUCUGAUUAAAUAUAUCCUUAAACAGACUAGUAGUUAUUAGUUAGACUGUCUGUUAUUAGGAAAUAUGAGGUGUUCAUGUAGUCUUCAUGUGUGUACACAGCUAAUUUAGUAGCUUAAUAUAACUGUAAAAGGCACAUUACCCUGGAUCUACAGAAAAGCAGGUGAGAAAAUGGAUGGAUAUAUUACUGGAUGAAAGAGGUUGGACUCCAGAAAGGGCCAGACAUGUUAAUGGUCAGUUUGUUAGUUUUGCAAAUAAAUAAGACUGUUUUAAAACAGGAGAAUGUUAAAUAAUACAUUUGAAUUGAUUAAGACAAUUUGAAAAUAGUGUGGCCUACAGGUGGAGCAGGACACAAGUUCAGCACACACAUUUUUAUUAGUUUUUUCUUUUUCCUGGUAGGAAAAAAUGCCUUCUCCCGUUUCCCACCUGUACAGCACAGUUAAAGCACUAAACACACAGCACAAGAUACUUUCUUUUCAUUCUUCUUUCUCUUCCUCUCAAUCCAGCUUCACUCCUCCUAGCAAACGUUUUCCUCCAUCUCUUGACUCUGUCUCCUCGAGUAGUGGCAGUUGGCUCCUUUUAUAGGGCACUAGGGAGUGCUACAGGUGUCCGGUGAUCUUCUUCCGGCAGCACUUAAGGGUGUGGCGGACAUGCUGCACCCAAGGGCUCAGGUAUUCCUACAACACUCCCUGGUGGCGCCCAUGGAACCCAGCAGAGCUGUUCUAAACUCCAACUCCCAAGGAGCCCUGUGGGAGUCCGAAGCACCGCUGCAAUCCGGGGGUGGGGGGGGCUGCCCUUUAGUGUUCUGGGGGGAGGUAGUGCCCUGAAUAUGCUCUCUCUCCAAGAUUUCCUUCCACUAUAGAGGCGUCCCAGGUGGGCAAGUGUUCCAGCUGUACGCCACAAUGGAUUCAUGGAAGAAUCUUAUAGGAAAGCAGUGAUUUCCUGUAAGGAGUGCAUUGAUCGGCUAUUGUGACAGACAGUCCUUUAUUGUAUCAUUUAUGAUCUUCUGUUAAUGCCUGAAAAGGUGCUGCUCUGUUCAAGACCAAUUUAAUUUUCACAUGUACAGAGUAGAGAGAAAUUCUUUCUUGCAUGUCUAUUUGACAUACUUUUUGUAUCUACCACCUGUUGGAUUAUGUAGAUUCAAAAAGCUAUUACAUGGUGCUAGGGCAUAUCAAUAGGUCUUCAAAAAACAAAAUUAUUUUGAGGUCACAAAUCUUCAUUUACUCUACCUAGUUUUAUCCAUAUGUAUUUGUCAUAAGCCUUUUAACUUUUAAUGAAAGUACAGGACAUUAGUGAAUGGCAGGCAAUAGCAGAUGUUUUAGCAUUUCCACAGUAAACAAGAAAUUCACUUCUUUGAUACAGAUGAUUGAGCAAGAUGUUACCAGCCACAAACUGAACAGAACGAAUAGCUGCAAGUGCUUGUUAGAAUGUGUGUAUAUAUAUAUAUAUAUAUAUAUAUAUACAUACAGUAUAUAAAACACAAAAAGGAGUUCAAUUUAUUCAUUUGCACAUGUUGUUUUGGUUUUGAUCAACACCUUGGCUAAAAAGUAAAGCUGCAGUCACUGUGGUUCCACAAGCCUGUAAAGUACACUAUUAAAACUGAAAAAAUACCUCCAGUUUUAAUAUCCUCCUAAGUAAAUGACUGUUGAAUAAAAGUUAUAUUCCAUGAACCAUAAUUCAGUGAGAAGGAAUGUCUAAUGAUGAUCUUCCUUUUCUUAUAGUUUUGCUGGAGUUGCCUGGCUAACCUAAAAUCUCUUAUUUCUUGUAUGAACUCCAUCCCAUCUGUCUGUGUGAAUUUUUCCAUUGUUGUAAUAAUAUAGAGACUUAAAUGUAUGUUUUUGGACCUAUGAUUGUAAAAACAAACAAGUGCCUACUUUGUAAUUCUGUAUAAUACAAAAUAGAUAUCAGUGCCUGAUUAAUCUUAUACAGAAAUGUUUAACUGAAAUAAUUAGUAAUGUGUUGUCACGUAUAAAGAUUUUACCUAGCAGGACUCUAUGCUAUUUGUUCAUUUCCUUUAAGAAUUUUCUUUCUAAUACCACAGUUUCCUUCCAGUUAAUGACUACUAAUUAUUUUCUUUUACAAAUUAAAUUUGAAUAGGAACAAUUGAAAUCUUUCAUCCACUUUCUGAAUCUGCUGUUUUUUUAUAAGCUUACAUGAGUUUUUUUUAUCUUAUUUCCAAUAGUAACAGGUGUAAUGCAGGAGCCAGGCCAGGAUGGAUCUGCAGAGGGUACUUUCACAUGUAGAGACAUAUUAGACCCAUGUAGGGUCACCAGUCAUCCUUGCUACCUUUUUAUUUGAAAUGUGUGAAUAAAAUUGUGACUUCCUGGAGAAAUUCACAUGAACAUUAAGAACACAUGCAAAGUCCACACAGAAGGUACCCCAGCUAGGAAUUGAACGUGGGGGUUAAACAGCAACCACAUCUAAUACACAUCAAUGCCAUAGUAAAUAGUGUUCAUUUUACAUCCAUCCUUUUAACUUUUUUUUAAUUUUAAAAGGUUAAAAUACACAGUAAACACAGUAAGUUCGACAAACAACAGGAAAUCAUUAAGCAUGUUUGGUUAUCUAAGAGCUAGGUUGCCUCCAGCAACCUAUCAGGAUAGUUAUUCUUAAUUUUCUAGGUUUUAAUUUCAACUACACUAUUCAAUAAAUCAUUCCAGACUCUCAAUUGCAUGAUGAAGUGCAAAUUGAACAGGUGUUGCUGGAUCAACUUCAUUGAUGCUUUUGAGAAGCAUUUGUGAACACCUGGAUUAGAUCCAUACACAGCCUCCUCUCCACAAGACUAAAGAGGAUUCAUUUUCUGUCUGAUGGAAGAUAAAGCCUACCAAAGCAGCAUUGGGUACAAGACAGGGAUUGACUAUGGUUAAAGCAUCAGAUUACUGCAGCACUCACCCAUCAGUACACAUUAAUUCAAAUUUAGAGUAACCAGUCACAAUAUUAUUACCAUGUUUUUGAUGUGUGAGAAUCUGAAGAAACUAAACAGGAAGUGGUGCAUCCCUGCCACUGUGAGGCUGCAGUACUAUUUCAACUAUACCACCUGAUUCAUUGUACAAUUAAAAUUCAAGUUUUUACCAUGA